AUGUCGGAGCAGAAGCCCUUGCGCGUUGCCAUCAUAGGCGCCGGCCCGGGCGGCUUGGUUCUUGCCCAGAUACUUCACAAAGACCCUCGAUUUAGUGUGACUGUCUAUGAGAGUGGCACACGAGGAGGCAGUGAUACCAGCACAUUGGUUGGUUACCGCAUCCUUGUCCCACCCUCCGUUCUCGAUAGCCUACGCGACCAACUUCCUGCGGCUUGUGUAGCUCUCAUCGAUGGCGCCGUUGGUGUCCCGCAGAGUCAGGGGAACCGCGUGGGGCUCAUGGAUGAGAAGUGCGGGCUCAUCUGUCGGAUGGAUGUGCAGCAGUCGAGAGAUAUGUGCUCCAUUUCAAGGUGGAGAUUGCGGGAGGCUCUGUUGCACGGCGCGGAGGAGUUUGUCAAGUUUGGCAAACAGUUUUCUUCUUACGAGGAGGUAAAGGGGGAGGAAGGCGGUGUUAGAGUGCGGUUUGGCGACGGUGAUGAGAUUGGGUGUGAUGUCCUGGUAGGAGCUGAUGGAGCUGGUUCGAAAGUCCGCAAGCAGUUGUUGCCGAGUAGCAGCAGGACUGCCAGCGGCCUCACGGUUAUUUACUUCAAAGCACCUUUUACGCCAGAAACUGAGGCUAUGAUACCUUGGAAGUCCGGAUGCGUGGCAAUGACGCCCCGACGCUCAAUGGUGGUGGCGUACUACAAAGAUCGCCAGAAACCCUACGGACCCUACGACCUGCAGAACAUCGACCCUGCGGACUCAUUCCUCAUGUUCGGAAUGGGCUGCUAUACCGAUGAAUUCGUCAACCAGAACAAACACCCGGACGAAAUGACGCCUGAGGAAUUGAAAGACGAAUGUCUCGCCAGAGCCAAAGAUUGGAACCCACUUCUACGCGCAUUGCUUGCCCUCAGUGUGCCGAACUCGGUAUUUGUUUCGCAUGUGAAGACACAGGACCCGAUUGAUCCGUGGGAGACGGGAAGGGUGACUCUUCUUGGAGAUGCUGCUCACAGCAUGACUCCCUAUCUGGGGAAAGGUGCCAGCAGCGCCAUUAUCGACGCCAUGUCUCUCGCUGAUGCUCUGAAAUCCCAAUCGAAGCAAGGACAGGAGAUCUCUCUCACAGCCCGAAUAUCAGCCUACGAAAAAGACAUGCUCAAGCAUGGCUUCCAAGCCGCCAGGCAGAGCAUGAUGGCGCAAAAGUUCUCGUUCAACGCAGGAGACACUCCCUGGAAGUCGUGGUGGCGCAAUUUGGCCCUCAAGGCGUUGGACUGGUGGAUCGUGCACCCCCCCAAGAUAACAGAGGAGUUCCCGGUUAUCAUUAUGUUCAAAAGCUUACUUAUUAACGCGUUAUUCUUGAAUGUGUAA